AUGGUAGUAAAAUUAGCUGAUUUUGGUCUUUCAGCAUAAAUAGAUUUUCCAAAUUAAAAAAGAAAAACUGUUUGUGGAACACCAAAUUAUAUAGCUCCUGAAGUAUUAAAAAAUCUUGGGCAUGAUCAUAUGGUUGAUAAUUGGGCUUUAGGAGUAAUAACAUAUACAUUUUUAAUAGGAAAACCUCCAUUUGAAGAAAAAGAAAAUUCAACUGAAAACUAAAUAAAUAAUCAAGAUGAUUAAUAAAUUUAUGUUAAAAAAUUCAACAAUACAUAAUAAGCUUCAUUUUUUAGGUUUAAUAAAAAUGGUUAGGAACAAAUUUAUUGUAUUAAAUAAAAUCAAGAAGUCCCUGCUGAAAUUACAAAAAGAUUAACUCCAGUUAAAUUAUGA